UAAAUUUGAAAAGGCCUAAUUUUGAAGGAAUGUCGAAGAUGAACUCAUUUGCAGAUCACUAUUUAGUUCUUUGAUCUCCUGCACAGAGUAGAGAACUGGCAAAUUUUGUUCCUUGGAAUAGAAGUUUAUUUUUGUGAUUGUGCAGUGAUUGAAUGAUAGAGUGAUAUUGUGCCAUAUUUAGACUGACUUCUUGUAACAAGUUGUAAAACAUAAUGUUAUUUUGAUUAAUGUCAUUCAUCCAGCACAAUGCUUAAGUGAUUCCGUUGUACGUAAAUAAACUGUCCAGGGGGCAGGGUCAAGCCGAGAACACCGGUUCAGGCCACAUUUGGCGCCAAAACUGGUUCGUUUGCUACGAACGUUUUUACACGUGCCUAAUCCCAUUAUCACGUUAAUUACUGAUCCGGUUAUAACACCGAUACGAUGAGUGAUAAAAAGCGCUUAUUCAAAUAGGCAACCAGACACGCGCGAUUCAGCAACGACCGACUCAAUUAACGAGAUAUUUGGUUUUCAAGCAGAACUACUCGGCUAGCUUAAUCCAAUAGACUUGAAAACCGGUUCAAUUAUGAAUCUGUUCAUGACCAAGAUAAUAUGUUAUGCUCCACAUUUAAUAGCCGGUGAUAAAAUAGAGUCGUGCGUGAUUGGCUACGGAUUAGUGGUGCGAGGAAUCAUCUUCUUUGGAUAGGAAUUUGAACUGCAUUUUCUGCCUUGAAAAAGAUCAAUACCGUUUCGGCCAUUCAUCCUGAGUGGAUUCGUUUUCGUGUACAAACUCCAUGAGUGACCGAAAGUGAUCACCACACCGAGGCGACAUACUUAGCGCGACAUACCUGAUCUUAUCGAAAACAACUUUUCGAGUUCUUCUUUGUUCCGUUUCACCUUGAUCGUCGGGACCGUGCGAUGAGAUUUGUAUCAUUUUUCAUUUGUCUGCUAGGGGCACUCAAGGUGUUGAUCAGUUACUUACCGAUGCUCAUUCGAGCCAAUUUUGUCACUUAACCGGGCAUCCUCUCGGCUACAGUACGAGGUUCCGAAUCAUUCCUUAGGGGACAAAGUGGUUUUUCAACGGAAAUCCCUCCCAGUUGAUACGGCUAUACUGUUUCAUCUUGUAUCGAAUCGCCAAGGUGCACGCGGAAAAGCGGCUGGAGAUCGCUGCCGUCGUCGUAGCAGCAGAGAGCGUCCACAGUGAGGGGGUGGUUGUAAAAGUGGGAUUUUCGUUUUCCCAACUUUACGCGGUUCGGUUCGAUUCAGUUUCGAUCGGAACAGAAGCGCGAUUGGUCAUUUGGAUCGUCGUUCGCCGUUCGUUGGUGGCAACAUAAUGAACCUUCGCGAGCGGGAAUUUUUACGUGUGCGUCUGAGAAAAAUAGAGUUGUUGAUCAGAGUGAAUUCCGUUUCUUUCCGCAUCAGAGCCAGUCAAUCGGAGGAAGAUGAAUAAAGCAAGCAAAAAUUUCCAUCGGAAAAACAUUCUAGCGAAUCGUACUGAUUACUGAGCUCGAUGAAGCAAAACAACCCCAACUGUCGAUAGGAGUGAAGUGUGAAAAAAAGUGAUAGUGAUAAGAUUGCUUCCGCUUAGGCCUAAGUACAAAGUAUAGGGAGGCAAAUUGUACCACAGGAUGAACGAGUCGUCGUCGAUUGAGUCGCUACUGGCCGUGAUGGUUGGUGCCGGUUCCGAAAGUAGUGAUGGAUUUCCGCUGGCAGCUAAUGAUUCUUUUCGCGAGCAGUGCCUUCAGCUGAACGAUACGCUAUUCUUGGAGCUUUCAUGUCCGCCGCUGUUCGAUUCCAUCUCCUGCUGGCCAAGGACACCGUCGGCGACGACGGCCGUCCUGCCGUGCUUUUCGGAGUUCAAGGGCGUGCAGUACGAUACGACACAAAACGCCACCCGGUACUGCAACAUCGAUGGAACCUGGAACAUAUUCGCCAAUUACGAUGCCUGCAAACACCUGGAACCAGCGGCAUCGGAUCAAACGCUCGAAUCGUUCAUCGAACUUCCGAUAAUCAUCUACUUUGUCGGAUAUACCAUCAGUCUGUUGGCGCUGUUCUGUGCCGUUACCGUGCUGGUUUACUUUAAGGAAUUAAGAUGCCUCAGGAACACGAUUCAUGUCAACCUCUUCGUAACGUACAUCAUGUCAUCCAGCUUUUGGAUCAUUAUACUCUCUCAACAGGUGUUUAGUUGGCGCAAUUAUCUGGUCGCCAAGCAAGGACUGGUGGAUUGCAUAUUUCUAGUGACGUUAUUCCACUACUUCAGCACGACAAACUUCUUCUGGAUGCUGGUGGAGGGUCUCUAUCUCUACAUGCUGGUGGUGCAGACGUUCUCCGGCGAUUAUUUACGUUUUUGGAAGUACUCCAUCAUCGGUUGGGGAGGUCCUUUAAUCUUCGUUGGAGCGUGGGCCAUUACCAAGUCCCUCUACCCAUUCGACAUGAUGUCGGAGCUUCCCAACAAGCUGGAAAUUGAAUGCUCGUGGAUGAGGGAAUCUCACAUCGACUGGAUCAUCCAGGGCCCAUCCUGCACUGUGCUGGUGAUCAACCUUAUCUUUCUGCUGCGGAUUAUGUGGGUUCUCAUCACCAAGCUCCGCUCGGCCAAUACGGUCGAAACGAGGCAAUACCGGAAGGCAUCCAAGGCACUGCUGGUACUUAUUCCGCUGCUGGGCAUCACCUAUCUGGUGGUGAUCUACGGACCGCACGAAGGCGUCGGCAGUCGGAUCUUUGCGGUUACCCGAGCUGUGCUGCUGAGUACGCAGGGGCUAGUCGUUUCAAUGCUGUACUGCUUCCUGAACUACGAGGUCCGGGGUACUCUGCGGUUACACUACUACCGUUGGCGAGACGAGCGCAACAUCCGACUCGGCAUCAUUUCCAAACAUCGAAGACCAACCAUGAGUGGAACUGAAAGUAUACGCACCCUGGAGUACAGUAUCGUGAUAAUGAAAAGCUUAGCACCACCAAGAAGGCACAGCAGCAUCCACAACUACAGCAACAACAACAACAACAACAACAACAACAACUGAGCGGAGAUGGCCAAAUUUGUGUACGCCAGACUCCGUCGGGAUUGCCCGGGAAAACUUCGACGAAAUAACUUGGAUAAUUGUGUGCGGUUUAGACGAAAUGGACGCAACCGGAACGACGUCGGAAACUCCAAUUAAAUUGAAUUCCAAAACAAACAUCGUCAUCGAGAAUGGUUUUAUUUUUUUAUUUGGGUGAUUGUUUGUUUGUGGAGACAACUUUUAAUAUUUGCUACACCGACACCGACAACGAUCUUCUGUGUAGACUAGUAUGUUUGUUCAACAAUUGUGGAUUAGGGAAGAGUACAAAAAAAACGAGGCAAGAGUAAAUAGCAUUUUGUAACAGACAGUCUACGGAUGGAAUUUCAUCUCAUCCGCUACCAGAAGUUGAAAUGUAAAAUGUUUAAGCUUAGUCGGUUGGAUAGGGUAAAUACAGUCAUUUAGCAAAACGGAGUUUUCACAUGCAGCAGGUACUUGAUGGAGGCGAAAUUCAGGGAGGGUGUAAAUAUUUACUCUUUCGAUAUGCAAAACGUUUGAAAUUGUGGCGUGUGUGAUCAGUGAAUAGAUUUAAAGUGUCAGGCCUAGAUAGGAUUUUGGUGUGGCCAUAUACAAUUGCAAAUUGAGAGGUCUGAAUUUGACAGGCAGCUACAGAGUGUUACAGUGUACAACAGAUUUAGGCUAGAUUGCUUAGAUUUAAGAUUCAUACGAAUAAGAGACCGAACCAAAGCUUACGAAUGUUCAUAUUGAUGGUAAUAUUUUUUGUAUAUAUUUGAAGGCAGAAUACAGACACAUGUUUAUAGCUAGCAUCUCGAUGUAAA